AUGGAAAAACUAAACGCAGAAAAGGAACAAAACAGGCUACGCAAAGUAGAACAUCUUCACAAAGAAAAAAAUAAACAAGAACACCUAAAAAAACAACAUAAAAAAAUGGUUAAGACCAAUACAAAUGUGAAUGCUAAAGUCACAGAAGCAAGUCCUAUGGGAUCCAAGAUAGACGUUCAGUCGGAUAAAACAAGACAUGACAAGAAACAGAGGGAUAGCAGAAGCAGUAAUGGCUCAGGCACUAUAAUAGCAGAAAGCGUCGCCUCAUCCUUCAGCCACAUAGACGAGUUAGAGAAGGAAUCCUUGGACACGCUCAUCAACAUAGAUCUGCGCCCAGCACGUUCAACGUCCCAGUGUGUGGUGGAUGAGUACG